AAGGGCCGCAAACACACAGAGCCUUGGUAGGCGGCUGGGAAUCCAUUUUGGACGCCGUCUUUGCUGCGAGAAGUUAAAAAAAAACCUGUUGCUAGUUGUGGUGACUCCUCCGACUGAGCGCAGCCCCGCGUGGGCGCUCCCAGGUGAGCUGCCGGCCUCUCGGGCGCGGGGACGAGGCCGCGGGGCGGCGGCGGGCGAGCGGCGCGAUGCGGCCCGUGGACGUGGACGAGGUGCGGGAAGCCGAGGAGGAUUCCGAGAGGUCCCUGAACCCCGUCCUCAACGCCAUCCGGGAGGACGUCGCCUCCCUGGAGCGCGAGCACGUCCGGGCGCACCUGAGGGCCAGGAGGAAGCUGAUGGAGAUCGAGAGCCUGCUGGACGAGAUCAAGAGCGAGGUGGAGGCCUCGGAGGAGAGCGCCAUGGAUCCCGGCCGAAGCCCGGGCGCCGAGGCCGAGGAGCGAGUGAUGAGGCUGUGCGAGAAGGUGGAGAGAAAGGCCCUGGAGGCCGCGCUGAUGGGGAGGCGGAUAGUGGAGAUUCACCAGCAGAUAGAUCGCUACGAAUGCUACUGAAGGCCUCGGGAGCGGGAAAUGGAGCCUCUGGCCAGGGAGUCACAGAGCAAAGAAAGAACAGAGUUGGGAAUCAAAGCAAAGUCACCCUCCUUUCUGUGAUGCCAGGCUGUUUGCUGUCAGGCAGCUGAGGUGUAACCGAACCCUGCACCAGGUAGGAAUGCCUGCGGCCGCAAACAAACACCUCCUCCACAUGGUGGUAACGCAGCUGCCACACCUCCGGAUGUUACUUCGAGGGUUCAUAAGGAAGAAGGCAGAGGGCUAGAGCUUGUCUUUGUAUUCCAGAAGCCCACCACUUCCUCCAGCCCCCCUUGAAACAUCAUUUGAGCAGUGCUGUGGAGGGGACCCCUGGCUGCAAGGGAGCCUGGGAGACAGAAUUGUUUAGCUUCACAGCCUGGAGAAAGAGGUUCAGAGACCUGGGACUGGGGCUCUCUGCUGCGUUACCCAGGAGCCAUGUGCCCAGGUGAAGACGUGGCCCCUGUCCUGAGAAACUAGUUUCCUCAACCAUUUCCCCCUCCUCCCUCAUCAAGUAUUUGUCUGAGGUUGUCAAGGAUAAAACCGGCCUCAUCUAGGAGCUCUUGAGGCAGCGCAGAUUGGACACAACCGUCUUGCCCGUUUCCUCACUCUGGGCCUUGGUUUCUCCUUCCACAAAGUGUGGAGGUCCAGCAGAUGGGAACUGAAGCCCCCUCCUCACCCUUUCCUGCUCCCUGCUGAGGCCUCUGCCUGCUCCCGGAUGUCCUUUGGGCAGGUGGCAGCAGGGGGCCCUGAACUGGGAUUGUCUGGAGGGCCCUGGACUCCGCAGGAUGCUGGCUGGUCUCCCCGCCUCCAGCCUCUCCCCUCCCUCCGUCUCUAACACCAGCUGCCCAGUGGGCCUCCAAGGGCAGAUCUGCCUCCCCUGGCGGAAACCCUCCAGACCCAUCAGUACCACCUGGGGGGCUUUGGGCCCAGCCAGCCCUAUUAAAUGGGCCUCUCCGUGGGGGACCCCGACGUAGCUGAUCUAGAAGUUACCCAGGAGCUUCAGGCCAGCCUGAAGGCCUUUCCUGGUCUCUACCCUGCUCGCCUCUCCAUCCAGCCCCACACCUUGUACCCCCAUUGCCCUCCCAACUUCCCACCUCCCCAAAGUGUGCUGUUUUCCAUGCAUCUGUUCUCCUGCUAUUCACCAUCCUGAGUGCCAUCUCCUCCAAGCCCACCCCCCUCUCACCAACUCCCUUCCAUCCUUCGAGGCCCUGCUCAUGGGCUGGGGCACCCCUCCACACGGACAGCAUGGGCCCCACCUUCCUCCUUGCCCUUCUACUGUCACCCGUUUCCAUCACUGUGCCCCACACCUCCUGCAGGUGAUCAGCAUGCACCACCCCUGAGCACUACGCAGGAUCUGGGGUGGCUGGGACUAACAUCCUGAGGCGGUUGGGGCCACUGCCGGGCUGUGUGCUGGGCCCGGGGCCAUACGCAAGGGGCCGUUGGCUGGGUUAGCCAAGUGUCCCCGUCCCUCUCAGAGCACCUCAUCUGACCGCAACGCAGAGGACACUGCAUCGCACUCUGUCCAGGCGGGCAGGCCACUCGCCCCCUCCACUGCACUCCUGGGGCUUUCUGGCUCCUCCCCGCCCAGCUCGGAGCCGAGGGACACAGGAACGCAACCUGCCCCCGUCGCCCUGGCGUGCAGGCGGCCUCGGCCGGAAUUGGGGCACGUCCUGUGCUCCCCAGGGGCAGGCAGUUCCGUUUGCCUCUUUUGUCCCCGCUUGUUGCAGCCUGUUAAGCAGGCCUGGUGGCUGGGUCAGCGGCCCCCCUUUGCCCUGGUGAGCAUGUGGGAAACUGGUCGGGCGAGUUCUUGUCCUGACCCAGACAUGGGAGGGGCCCAGCGCCCCAGCUGCUCCUGCGGGCAGGGAGGCGGGACCAGG